ACCAGUCAUUCAUCCAAAUUUAGAACCAGUUCGCACUCGCAGAACAGAUGGCACGUCACUAGUUGUCCAUUUGUUGUUAUUGCAAGCGCCGAAGCGUCCAAAUUGGAUUCGCAAAAUCAUGAGUGCCCUGUUCAACUUCCAGAGCCUGCUCUCGGUCAUCCUGCUGUUGAUCUGCACCUGUGCCUACCUGCGCUCCCUCUUCCCCAGCAUCAUAGACCGGAACAAGACCGGGUUUCUGGGCACCUUCUGGAAGCUGGCGAGGAUCGGGGAGCGCAAGUCGCCGUGGGUCGGAGCCGCCUGCCUGAUCAUGGCAUUUACCGUUCUCUUCUGGAGCUGAGUGCAUGCUGCACAUAUUCAUACCAUAUCCAUAUCCUGGGGCUGAGUUUCACCCCAGAUAUUCCACACUGUUGAGGAUUGUAAAUACACGCUGCGUUCUGCAGCACUGGUCAGACCUUUUGUGCUUUCACAACA